AUGGUAGCUGCUUCUACAGCCAGCAGCUCGACCUCUGGCGAAAGUGAUCCCACCUUGGCCCAUCGUGUUCUCUGCGUUCAUGGCCAUGCUCAGAGCGCUGAGGGCUUCCGUCAGAAGACUGGUGGUAUCCGGAGGCAGUGCAAGAGACUAGUCCAUUUCGAGUACGAUAUAACCAGCAGCUUCCUCCAAGGGCCCUUCGAGGUGCCUCCAGAUGACGUUUUCGCCAGCCAUGACCCUGACAGCGAGAAGACUUACACUUGGAUUGAUCCUAAGAAGGAGAGUCCGGUUAAGUUCAUCAUCCUUUGUGGCGCAUUUUUCCCACAGAAUAAUAGUGAGCAGGAAGCAGAAAUUCGUGCUUGUCCCCUGUGGCCCAAGGUUCGGGCGAUGUUCAUCUGUGGCAAGUCAGAUCAGGUGGUCGCCGAAGACCGUAGCCUUAGAGUUGCCAAGAUGUUCACUGAUCCAGUUAUAUUCGAACACGCCAAGGGCCACAUGGUCCCCGCAGAGGCUCGGAAGGAUGUUAAAACGUUUGUUCAGGAAUCUCUGGAGUCUGAGUGA